AUCUAGAAUUUUUUUUGAGAUAUUGUAGUGUUCUCUUCGACAAUAAUCCAUGCUGAAUUUAUUGAUGAUAUAUGGUCAAAUGAAAAAAAAGCAUUUAUUCAUAUCUUAAAAACUGAAGAGCUAGUUCGCGUAUAUACAGACAGACGUACAUAGCUAACCCUGUACAGAGUAUGAAAAGGAGGUUGAAUGAAAACAAAAAAAUUGUCUAAACUAUUCCCUAUGACAUACGUAAUUACAUACUCCACACAUUCGCCGUUAUUUUAAUUUCCUUUCAAAGAAAUUAUUCAUUAACACCUUCAAAGUCAAAUUGUCUGUUUAUUUAUUUGUAAAUAAACAAAGUGUUACUACAUGCUAAUAAUUAUAAUAAUAAUAUUAUUAUUUAAAACUUAAGCAAUUAAAUAAGAGACAUCUAAUGAGACCAAACGCGCAUUCUACGCUUAAGGAAACACACACUUCCACACACUUGCCCACAACAGUGAAAAUGGUUGAAGAAGCGAUACUCGCACUAAAUACCCGCCGCGGCUUCUCGUUACAUAGGCUGAAGAAGUACAUUUGCGACAAAUAUCAGCUUGAAUUGAAUCCACAACGGAAUAGCUUGAUCAGAAAUUAUUUACGUGCACAAUUGGCCAAUGACACGCUAAUAAAUGUGACCGGUAAAGGUUUAACUGGUAGCCUGCGAGUAACAGCGAAAGGGAAGAAGAACUCCAGCAACAUUAUUGCUACUGAAAUGCAAAAGAGUAUAGGAGGGAACGGUAGCACGGAUGUGACCUUCGCUGCAGCUAAACGCAAGAAAGCUCUAGGCAAAACAAAGAGCGCCAACAAGUCAACAAGUGGCUCGCAAGAAAGAACACCGCCUAAUAUUAUAGUGCAACCGUUGUUGAUACCAGAUGCACCACAACGUAACUCAAUGACUGGUCAUGGUCAUUUGGAGGCGGGUGGAACGCCUUGCUCCUCUGGUGGACGAGUGGGACGUAAACGAAAGUUGCUGCCACCAGCACAAGAGUACAUUCAGUUCUCGCAGGAAUAUUGAGUGUGGAGUUACUGGCUAAACUCAAGCGUGAUAUCUUGAGUUUAAUUGCAGAGUACAGAAAAAUAGUUAAAAAGUUUAAAUUAAGUAUGGAAUAAGUCAAAUAGGAAGACAUUGUAUUCGGCUUCGUGCAGUAUUACUGUGUAAUACUUUUAAGUGAAGCAAUAUUGUUACAGUGCCUAAUAAGCUUCUAUGUGAAUAUGUAUUAAAUAAUUAAAUAUGAAUUUCAUAAUUUAGUUAGAUUUGAAUUUUGUUAGGUUUAAUAUUUUUUGCCACAUUUUUAUUUUGUUGAAUUAAGCAGGUCUUAUUUAAAUGAGGUAAUACUAUUUUGGUGAACUUUUAUGUUUUUAUUUAUUGGCGUUAAUUAAUAUUACAAUUAAAUACGCAUUUAAUACAAAUUACAUUUUAAAUUAAAAUAAUAUUUCGUUUGUUUGUUUUGUUUUCCCAUAGUUCGGCUAACAUUAGGCUACACUAUUCGUUUCAUAUAUGUAUGUUGUCGAGAUUUUUCUAUUCCCAUUAAUUUAGAAUAAUUUUACUAGAAAGUAAUAUAUUUUUUGCUUUUGUAAUAAAUUCUCUGGCUAAUGCUGCAUUUGGAAAGUAUCUGCAUACAAACAAUACUUGAAUUUUUUUUUAAAUUAAUACUUCCUGAUAUAAGUAUGAAAAUUAUUUCGAAAUCGAAGUAGACCGAACAUGUUUUCAUUGAAAUUUUCUUAUAAGUUUUCACACCUAAACGACUGGCCGUAUUCCCCAAGAAUAUGCACCUAUUUGGUGUAUGUAUUUUGCACGUGCGUACAUUUGACAACGUACAAUGUACACACACACACACACACACACUUGUGGCGCGCAUAAACAUUUCACGUGCAACAUAAAAAA